GAAAAUGAGGUCCCUUCUGGUGCGAAGCAAGAUGAGCCUGUUGAAGCGGAGGUCCCUUCUGCGAACCAAGUUGAGGCUGCGGCUUCAGUAGACCCUGCUUGGGAUGGUGUAGAUUCGGCACGACCUUCUGUUCCCUUUGAAGAUGAAGACACGGCAGCUGCUCCUGUACCAUCCGAGACCACGUGGUCUACUGCUACCGACACUGAGUCAACCACUGUUCCUCCAGAUGAGUCAACCACUGUUCCAGACAACACAGACCGGGAGGCUGUAGCUCGGAACAAGGGUGCGCAGGAACCACCUGUCCAGAGAGACGGCACAACAGCAGAGGGUGGCCAAAAUCUCGCCGAGAUGCUGGAAACAAAACUAGAAGGUACAUACGACGAGGAUGGCACUGAAACCUUCGCUUGGG